UAGACAGUUAGCAUUUUGUUUGUUUUUUAUACAAAUGUGAAAUAACCCUUUAGGUGAUAAACAGCAUUGAAUGAGCAAAAAAUCAAUCAGUACGAGAUGCAGGUGCCUCUGCUCCACCGAUAUACCCAGAUGGCGCUGCUAAAGAAGCAGGUUAGGCGGAAGGCGAAGGAGCUGCGGCUGCGCAGGCGAAGAGCCCGUCGACGCCUGGAGGUAAUGCGCCGGAUCCGUGACCAUCUGCUCCGCAGGAUGCGGAACUUGAUAGAAGUGCGACAACGGGAUGCGGAGCUGGAGAGGCGGGAACAGGCGCGAAGGGCGGUGGGCGGUAUGCUGGCUAUGUAUAAAAGCUGGCUCCGCAACUGGUCAAAAGCUUUGCGGCUACAAGGUCGCUUAAUUCGGCACCAGGAGCUGCUGAAAAAAAGGCUGCAUCGCAGGCUUCAUCAAUUGAGGAAGCAGCUGAAGAAGCGCCGGCAUCCACAACAAUUGGUGGACAAUUCCUUUCACAAGCUUGAAAAGGCGGUAAAAAAGUGGCAGAACAGCUCGAAUUACCAUAAGUUUAUUGAAGGUCAAGAUGAAAUCUGGGACGCAGAGGCAAACGAAGUUCGGAAAUUCUUAUCAGACAUUCGGAGCAGGCGUUCCCGCAAGAUCCGUAGGGUUAAGGUAAGCCAGGAUGAAGACUUAGAGGACUUUGCGCAUUUUUGGAUGACUGAGGUGCAGCGAAAAAGCGAAAAGAUCAAGAAACGUUUAGCUUCCGAAAAACCAAAAGGUGACUUGGAGUUGGAAGAGCUUUCGCCUACUAGAAAGCCGCUUAUGAAAAAGGAGAAAUCCAAGCCCAAUUCCAUCUAUCUCAGUAUAGAUGAACUCGUCAUUCAAAAAAAAGUGAAAAAACUGGGAAAAAAAAGGAAAGCUGUCCGGAAGCAAAGGGAACUAGAUCCCACGAAACCUUCAUUCGAUGAACUAAAGAUAUUGGUAAAAGAACUCAUAAGAUUCGAUAAGAGGAAGAAAGAAAGACACAAGAAACACAAACAUCGUGUUCCUAGGAAGCCGAAAGGCACCGUGAAAGCCAUCGUUAUAAAAGAUCGUCAUAAAGGUAUGAGGGAAGAACUUGGCCUAUCAGAUAUUUCAAUGAUUUCAGAUCCACAAUUGCCUAAGAAAGUAAUUCGAAAAAAGCCCAGAAAAGUAGUUCACCCAAAACUGAAGAAGUUGGAUCCGGUCAUUGUACCAGAGCCGAAAAUCCUAAAAUCUGAGGUAUUAGGUUCCAAAAAAAGAGGAAAGUUUAAAAACAAGUUUAAGAAACAUAAAACAAAGUUCGUGGAUAUGGUUAUUAAAGAUGAGCUAAGAGCACUUUUGCAAGAAAAGAAAACUAAGAUAGAUUUUCGUCGUGGCAGACAGACCUUAGCUGCCUCAGGAACAUUGCAACAUAAAAAGACCCCCUUUAUGAAACCAAAAAAUAUAGUAUCUAGGUUGUUUAACGACCUUCCCCUCUUUAUGAGGCACCAAAUAAGAAAAAAGAAAUUCGGGCACCAUCCCAAAGGCUACUACAGUAGUUCAACUAGUUCAACUUACUUCGAAGAGGUUGAUCCAAAUUCUGAUUCCGGAAAAAGCGCGGUCGCGGGUAAACAGAGGAAGGGACAUAAGUUACACGCCGAUAGCAGCGGUUCCAAAAUAAAUGUUAUCGUCGAUCUAACCUUGCAUCAAGAAAGUGAUGAAAAAAAUGUUUCUUUUGGAAAGCAUAAGCAAAAAUCCAAUCAACGAAACGUAAUUGGUCCAGCCCCUCGCCUUUCAGAAGACGGAGAUCUGUUUGGCAAACUUAAGCAUCGGCCCAAACUAACUGAAAAGAGCGGUUCCCAAAUCGAAUUCGCCACGGAUAGUGUUAUAUCUCUGAGCGAUUCAAUAAAUAAGAUUAUAACGGCCAACCGCCCACGGAGAAGUGUUCGCAGAUCUAUCCGCACACCACUAACGCUGCCCAAAAAGCUGCGUGUUGCUCCUCCGAAGGGUCAGGAAGAGAGCCACUAUCAGUCUCUGAAGAAGGACAUUAUGUACAUCCGAGCAAGCGAUGAGGAGUCAGCGCAGCAGAGGAAGUCCAAAAGAUACUCAAAUCGCUUGUCGGCUAGCGAUCCAGGAGUGAACAGUCGGAGGCAAUCGAAGAGGUUCCUUCCAAAGAGCGUUUCCGAUAGCAACCUUUCUGAGCUCAGGCCCAAGAGUCGGAACAUAAUUGGCGAUUACAACCGAGACAAUAAUCAAACCACCGGUGGCGAUCAGCCCCACAUUCAAAUUGGGGAAACUCGGAUUAAGUCUGCAACGCAGAGUCGCGAUCCCCAGAGCACCAGAUCCCCCACCAAGGAUAAACCCCGCCAGCCUUUCGAAUUCAACUAUGAGGCUCUCCCAGAUGAUCUUGAGAAAUUCUUCGACCCCUUACGAGAUCAAACAUAUACUUAUGACCGACACGAUAAGACCCCGGACGGGCAUUACCUGGCGGGCCUCCUUAAUCCUAGCCACGGAAGGUUCGCUAUGAAAGAUCUGAUAUCAGAUGCUAAAUAUAAGCCCUUGCAGAGGUUACUCAAAGCCGUCAUAGAGAAUAACCAUAUUAUAGAGUUUGUGGCGGAUGUCAAGGGCCUUAUGGAGGCAGUGGGGCAGCAUCCGAUGUGGGCCCACCUACAAAACCUUCACAGUGAACUCAUGGAAUCGGGCGUCAGUCUCGAUGAGGCUAAGCAAAUGCUUACCACGAAAUAUUUGGACUUCCUCAAGGGUAUCGUAAGCGAAAUGCACCUUCCACGGAUACAGCCGCCACGAGAUUCAUUGCUCAACGUUGUGGAAGGCGAACCCGCCAAAUCGAAACCGGCGAGCCAGGUCGACAGGUUGUUGGAAAGGAACUUGUGGAACAGGCAGCGGCUCAGCACACGACUCAUUCCUUUCGGGAUGCGAGGACUUCGAGGGAAUAGGAGCGCUACGCCCCAUAGCCGGCGCCAAUCCCAGGAUGCCAGGAUGAACAGCGUGCUAUACAAAAAACUGAUCGAGCAGGAGAUGAAUGCAGAGCGACUGGAACGGGAGGAGCGCAAGCGGCUAACCUACGGAUCCUUCGGAUCGUCCAUGAGCAUUAACACCAGCUUGGAACUGGCGCCCAAUGAGGAGCAGGAAGUGCGUGAUAUCGAGAUGCGGUACUCCUUGGUCAACAUCAAGAGCAUUGUGCAUGACCACAAUCUGAUGUUCAAGGCAAUGGAGCGUAAAGGAACGACGGCGAAGCUGGUUCAUAAGGAGAUGGAGGGGAAACUUGAGAAAAUGAUUUCUACUGCGCGCUUCAGAAGACCUAAAGAGAAGUUUUCGACUUCUACGACGCACAAGAGGCGUCGAAACCCCAGGCCCAUCGAGCAGCUUUACUACUCACCCCGGAAGACUUGUCGACUGCAGAAGAUCUCUGAUUCUUCGGGGUGCUCGGGAUGUGAGUCCGGGGAGAGCGGAAUCGGGGAUUCGAUGGUCCUGGAGAAGUGUCCCAGAUGUGGAGUCAAAGUGCCUGUUCCGGCACCUAUUUCCUCUUUUCCCCAGUCUGCCUCAUCCAGCAGGGAGAUCUUGUCCAGCGGUUCAAUAGAAGCCUGUGCCAAACACGAGCUGAUAAUCAAGAGCCUUGCAGAUCUUUGCACACGCUGUGGCUGGGUCCAUGAGAGGGGGCAUCCUUGCUCCCAGUUACCCUUUAAUACGCGGAAAUGCAAACUCCUAAAGAGGAUUAAGGAUACCAUACGAACUGCUCAGGAUUGUCCGGCCUUUUGCUCACCCCGCGGGAUUCUCAAGAAUCCCAGAAGUUGAUCCUUGGACGGAACACAAGGAACUGUUGCAGCCAUCAAGUGGCAACCAAACUCCGGAAAUGCACGGAUAUGAGCACCAAAUCAGCCGGCCGAGGCGAAUGAAACAUUUGGUUUAAGUGCUAAAUAAAUUCCAGUAAUGAG